AUGAUAUCUCAUGAAUAAAAAACAUUCAAUAGUGAGUGAUCGUAAUUUUUGAAACAAUAUUUGUCCUUGCUAUUCAUUAACAGAAUAAUUUUAUGCGAAGAAUUUUUAUAUCGAAAAGUGUUAACAUUAAUUAACAUAUAGGUUUUUAACCAAAAUGCAAUGACGUUCUCUCGACAGUGUCGUGCCACGUGAGCUAUAUACCAAUGUGUGCGCGGGUUUUUAAAUAGAAAAAACCGUACUUGUCACACAUUACUGUACUUUCUUUAUAAUAAAGAGAAAUGUAAAAAUUGAUCAUUUUAUAGCAACUAUAAUUUUUACAAUGAAAUCUACUAAAAAUAUUGGAACUGGUACUUUAUGGGGGGAAUUACCAGCAAGAGAAACUCCAAAACAAGAAGUAAUAACUCCAGAUGUCAUAGAAAAUAUUUGGAGACAAGUUAUGGAAGAAUCAAAUAAUCCUGAUUGUGAUUUUCAAGUGGAUAGACAAGCUGAAUUACCUAUGGGAAAUCUUCAUGUAUUAAAUACUAUAAAUCUUCAUCAACAACUAAGGAUGAUGGAAGAAGGGAUGGUACUGGAAAAUAUGACAACAAUUGAAGCACAAGAUUUACAAGAAAGAAAAGAAGCACAGAAUUCAUUUCAGUCUUCACCUGUACAAAAAGAAAGAAAUGUAUUUAAAAAUGCUUCAACAAUACAUUACCUUACACCAGAAACAGCUCGUUCUAUAUUGAAGCAUGCAGUUAUUACUCUUUUAGCUCACAUUGGAUUUGAAAAAUCUUCAAAUAUAGCUAUAGAAACGCUUACAGAUAUUGCAAAUCAUUUUUUGAGAAGAAUGACACUUUUAAUGAAGGCAGCAUAUGAACAGAGAGAUCAUGGUUUUCCAGAUAUAUUAGAAAGGGUAUUAGUGGAAACAGGUAUUGGUGGAGUAGCUGCUCUUCAUGACUACUAUCAAGAAUAUGUGCUGAAAUUUGAAGAUAACAUGAAAAAGAAGGUUGAAGCAAUGAUAGAAAAACAGAGGCAACUUGAACUUAAUGUUUAUAGUGCUAAGAUGGUUUUAGAUGAAGCAGCUAAUAAAUUGCAAUUCGAGGAACUUGAUGAAUUUGGGAAUGUGUACCGAGAAGUGCCGACUCUUCAACUGUUAGAUCCUGAGAUGGGCUUCCCACCCAGUCUUGAUGCUGGCUUCCAAAUGCUGUAUAGUCUUGAACAAGAUGAGUUGAAUAACUUGGAAGUAGAAGAAGAAGAAGUAAAUGUAAGCGAUUCUCCGAAUACUGGACAACGACCUGAUACUUCGAGUGAUAAAAAAAAAUCUUGAUAUGUUUAAUAAACAUGCAUAAUCCUAAAUUUUAUUUUUAUUUUAUGUAGAAAGAAAAUUCUAAUAAAUUCUUAAUAUUAGUAAUGUUUCUAAAA